AUGCGUUCAACAAAGAAGACACAUGGCGCCCAACCACAUUUACCAUCGGACAACUUGGCACUUGACAAUGAACGUGAAAACGAACAACCGAAAAAAAGAGUCAAUGGGGGCCUUGAUGCAUGGUUAAAUGUUCUUGCGGGCUUCUGUGUCUUUGUGAACUCUUGGGGCCUACUGACGACCUAUGGCUCUUUCCAAGAGUAUUACCAAACAGAACUUCUGCCAAAUGAGACACCAUCCACGAUCUCAUGGGUAGGCAGUAUCCAGGCCACGCUAAUCCCAAUGGUUGGUCUUGCUACGGGGCCAUUAGUUGAUAUCGGAUACUUGCGUCCUCUAAUUAUAUCCGGAAGUUUCUUGACUGUAUUCGGAAUGAUGAUGACCAGUCUCGCCACUUCGUACUAUCAGGUACUACUCGCGCAAGGAUUCUGCGUCGGAAUGGGAGGCGGUAUCUCCUACAUCCCAGCCCUCGUCGUAAUAUCAACGAGUUUCACCACAAAACGCCCAAUCGCCAUCGGCUGCGCAUCAAUUGGGUCUAGCGUGGGGGCCGUCAUUUUCCCAGUCAUGUUCCGCCAACUGCAGCCCAGAGUCGGAUUCGCAUGGGCAGUUCGCAGCAUUGGCUUCAUCAGCCUAUUUCUUGCUGUUGUAGCAUGUCUGAUUUUGUGUCGGCAACCAGGCCAGAGAGCACAUGCAAGAAGUCUUAUCGACUGGAGUGCCUUCCGUGAGCCCUCAUUUAUGAUGUUCUCGCUCUCGCUCACGUGUGUCAUGCUCGCAUACUACGUGCCAAUUUUCUACAUCGCCUCCUAUGCCCGCACGGUGGUGCAUACCACUACCGAUUUUAGCUUUUAUAUGGUUGCUAUUGUCAAUGGCACGUCCGUCAUCGGUCGCGUCGUUCCAUAUCUGCUUGUCGCAUAUAUAAAACCUAUUGGGAUACUGAUAUUCUCCGUGAUCGCGUCGGCGAUUGCUAUGUUCACUUGGAUUGCGGCUACCAGUAUGGCUGGGUUUAUUGUCUGGGCAUGCUACUGGGGAGCUCUCAGUGGUGUUUUGGUCACGGCGCCGACUUCCAUUGUGGCACAUCCGAUUUUCUGUCCGGAUUCAAGCUUCUUGGGGACUCGUUUGGGCAUGAUGUGGGGGAUAUCGUCUUUCGGGGCGCUUGCUGGAACUCCAAUUGCAGGUGCUUUGGUCAAUCUCGAUACCUCGGAGUUCCUGCAUGCUCAGGUCUUUGCGGGUUGUAUGAUGGUUGGCGCUGUCUUGUUGCAGGUUUGGCCAACUUUCAGGGUGGUUCGGUAUGAUCUGGAGCAUCCUCGCAAAAAAUGA